AUGGGGCAUAAAGAGGAACGUAGUGAUAUGGAGUGCAAUUUUAAUCUAGCUCUAAAGCAUGAGUUAACAAAAGACUAUCGAGGACGUGAUCGAUUGAUUGCUUUGGAUAAAGCCAGGAGCGAAGAAGUUCGUUCACAUGAUGAAAUUAAUCGUAAUACCAAUCGAAUACAGCCAUCAGAAUAUGGUGCGGGCCGGAUGCAAAAUUACUAUGUGCAGACCGAAUCUCAGCUCGCUACCGAAGGAAUCGCAGGAAAAUUUAACAACAACUUGUCAAAUUGGCGUAUAGAGGAUUUGCUGGAAGGACAAUCAAUGCUCAACGUAGAUAGCAUACAAAAUGCACAAACAUGGAUAACCAACGAUAAUAGUUUAAGCCCAGCACAAGUUGUACGGGCUCGUGAACUUCUUCAAGAAUUGUUAAUUACAAUCACAACGAAACCAGAUAUGCCAAUUGCUGGCAGAAAUGUUCCUACUACGAUGCGCCAGUCUAUUUAUAUCGCAGAGCAUAGUUUUCCAGAAGAUAGGCAGUCGAAUUUUGCUGGUCGUCGAAUUUCUGAUUACACGUCAUCACGAAGUUUUUCUCAGCAGAAUACCCAAUCUCCACUACGGAGUGAUAUUGCAGUACAUGGACGAGAAUUGUCGGCUAUGCAGAAUUCCUUGCCUCUCGAUGUACCAUUAACACUUCCAGCACAAAACUGGCGCGACGAUUCCGUCGCGACGUACUCUGAUUCUAGUGAAAUGCCUAUGAAUUCCCGAGAAAUGCCUAAAAAUUCCGAUUUUCGCCCGGAAAAACGAAGACCGCAUUAUCAGGAUUGUCGUCGAACAUCUCGGUCUAGAAGCCGAAGUUUAGGAAAAGAUUGUGACAUGGGCAUUGGAGAGCGGCGAGUACAUAUGAAAUCUCGAGGUUUUAUUAGCGUUGAAGUAAAUCAUCAACAAAAAGGACCACGAAGGAAUUAUGUGUCAUAUGAGAUAAGUCACAAUCGUCACAGAGAAAAUAGAGGUGAAAGAUGUUUGCGUCGUUCGUCACCACUUAUGCGCACUGUGAGAAGACGCAGAAGAUAA